AUUUCUUCCAGCCUUAUUUCCCAAUCUACAAUGUGGAAUUUAAACAUCUUUUUUUCCUCCAGUCUCAAAAUUAACAGCAGAAUGGUAGUAGAAAUGACCACCUUUGCAUCACCCUACUUAAUUUUACAAUGCUUUAAGUAAAACCCUUGACUGGCUUCCAGAUAUUAUUGUUGUUGAGAAAAAAAGAUUACCAAAAACUUAAAUCAAAACAUAGAAAUGCAUCCUCAGUUUCAAGUAUCUCACACUGAAUUGCAGAAGUAAAAAGACAGUAGUUCACAGUGAUGGCCUGUAAUGUACUAUAUGGCAGACUAAAUGAAAAAAGUAUUUGUAAUAUUUACUUAUACAUGGACUUCCAAACAUUUUGAAAAAAAAGCCAGAGGGUCAGAAAAAAUAAUUUCAUGAAAGCAGAAUGGGGAGCUACAGUACGACAGUAAGGUUUGCUUGACAUAGCUAAUCCAAUUAAGAUUCAUUAAAUCUCCUGGCUUAGUUGAUGAAUCUGAGCUUGAUGUCUCUAUUGAAGAGUGACAGGGCUUUCAGAGUGGUGAGUUCUUCCAGAUGUACAUGUGUUUAGUGAAAGGAGUUAUAAAUGAGAGGUUUAACCUUUAAAAUGUCUUAUUCACUUUCCAUUGUACAGUAAUUCAUUUUUUUUUUUUAUUUGGAAAAAAAAUUGUAUUUUUCACUUAAGUUCCUGCGUGGAAUGGUCAACUGGGUUUUUUUGUCAGAAAUUUCCAUCUGGGCUUAAAACUCCCUUUUUCCUGCACUUCCACCCCUAAAGCAGCUGAAGCCAGACACCAAGCGUUGCCAGGAGAAGACCGAAGCCAACACCAACGCUGGGCCACCGAUCCCAGCGCCCUGAACGCCCCGGCACCAGCCUGACUCCACUGAGCAGAUAGUGACAAAAAAUACUCCCACCAGCUUCCUAACUUCAGUAUUAAAUGCUAAAAAUGUAACUGGAGCUUCUUUGCCCCGUGUCUGCAAAGGCAGGGUUAGUUCUGAGGCACGCAGUUUCAGUCACAGAGGCAAGAGAGGCGGUUCUGACUUGGCGUUACCCUCAGGGGAGGCAGCCACUGGGGUAUGGAGAGCCUCCUUUGCUCGUCCCCCCAAAUACAGGACUUGCCCCCCUGAGGGGAUGAGGGCGGUGCUGGAAGUAUCACCUGCGCAAGAAAAACACCUGCCUUGCCCUCCGUUGCCCUACGGGGAGCGGCCGAGCCCUCCUUGCCGACCAACUCCUCUAGGCUGCUGCUGCCGCGGGGCAGGGAACCGGCGGCCAUCGAAGUCUCGCGAGAAGCCAGCAGCGACGCCGCCGCCGCGAUGGAGCAGCCCCUGAGCAGCCCGCCGGGGCUGUCUGCCAUCCUGGCGAAGACGGACUGGUCCGAGCCGUGGCUGCUGGGGCUGGCGGUUUUCCACGUCCUCUGUUUCCUCCUGACCUGCAUCUCUUUCCAGCACUACCGGGUGCAAAUAGGGCACUUCCUCUGCAUGGUGGGCUUAGUGUACUGCGCUGAAUAUAUAAAUGAGCUAGCAGCCAUGAAUUGGAGGCUGUUUUCUAAAUACCAAUACUUCGAUUCAAGAGGAAUGUUUAUUUCACUUGUAUUUUCAGCACCACUACUGAUGAAUACUAUUAUAAUUGUGGUCACUUGGGUUUACAGAACUUUGAAUGUAAUGACCGAACUGAAGACACUACAGCAGAGAGUGAAAGCAGAAAAAGAGAAAAAGAAGUGAAAGCGCCUAACACUUUUUUUUUUUUUUUUAAAUUGUAAUAAUACUUGUCCAGGUAAUCAGGCCUUCUGUAUGUUUACCCUGAAACAGCAAUGUUUUUGAGUCUGAUGUCAAGAGGACUUUGAACCUGUGAGCAUGGACAAUGAGGAGAAAGCAGGUAUCUACAAUACAUUUGAAUUGGCUGUGAAAUUGAGAAACGAAACCCUGCCUUAACAGGUCCUUGUGCCCUUCAAUGUAAGACAGUUUUCCACCGUGACCAAUACUAUUAGUAUUGGUGAGACGCAAUCUUCAGUCUCUCUCCAUUUGCCUGUUUUUUUAAAUAUGUCUUAACUGUGUGUUUAAAUAUGUCCUAACUGUGUAUUUAUCAAGUAUCCCGUCUUCUCCUGCUUAAGCCACUUGAAGCAGUGUUGUGAAUUCCAGUAAAUGAGGGAUUGUGUUCAGAACACCUCAGGAAUCCAUGCUUCUAUGAAGCAUUUCACUUCUUUAUAAAUCAAGUUUCAUACUUCCUAUGUGUAUUGUGCACCAAUAGGAUUUUAUAAAUAAAAUUAUCCCCUAUAUCUUAAAUGGUGUUAAUAUGUAUUAAUUUUUAAUCAGAUUUUUUCUUUCUUUUUUCUUAUAAAAAUUCCCAGUUUGGUAAAAUCUUGUGCUUAAUUUGUGUAAGUAAUUCAAAACAAUCUCUGCAUUUUUUCAAUUUACAUUUCAUGAUUUUAAUGCUGCUAGAUAAAUAUCUUUUCUUAAAACUGGAUUAAAUUUUGAUAGUUUUUGCUUAUUUGUAUAACAGAAAGGAAGAGGAGAAACUUUAUAAUGUUCUAUGUGAUGCUAUUUUUUCUCUGCUUUACUUUUAAUUUUCAGUUACUUAUUAAAAAAAAUAACACUAGUAAAAAUGAAGAUGACUUCAAUUUUGCUCAGAGUAACCUGUUUUUAUUGGAUUAAGGAAAUUUGAGGGGGCAGGAAUGGACACAAUGGAAGACUGUCCAUAGAUAUUUAGUGAAAGUUGUAUCUGGAAGCAGUUAAACCUUUGUGUGGAGACCUAAACAUCUGUCUAAAAUAGAUGUCAUUUGAAACAUAGGAAAGAUGUUCUACAAAAUUGACCUUAGACUAAUCUGAAGAAGAAUUUGGUACAAAAAUGCAGAACACUAGUAAGUUUUUCAGCUAAGUAAGUAUUUGUGAAAUUAAUUUUAAAUGCUCAAAUAGUCUUCACAACAGCGGAAAUACGGACCCGAGGGAGAUAAGCAGAUGCAUAUGCAUACACAGUUUGCGAGUCCCCUCUUUAGGGAGAGAGUGAAACUCUUUCUGGAGGGCUUCCCAGCAUUGUGGAAGGGCAGUGCAGAGUUAGUCUGGGAUCCAUUUCUUUACCUUUCCCAUGGAUUAACUUAGCAUGGCUCUCCUUGUUCUUUGCUCUAUCAAGAAUUACAGACAGCUGGGCUACUUUAUAUUAGCAAACCAAAUAAAUGCAGGCUUGCUAUAUUCUCCCAUAAUCAUCCAUUCUGUUCAGACUCUCAGUGCAAUGGUGGGCAGUGUCAACUGUCACUUGUCCGUGAAAACAUCUCUAGUGGUCUGGUAGAUGUCCUGUACCUUUUGGGAGCCAUCUCUGUUUUGAAGGAGUGAAUAGAAUCUAUCCAGAUGGCUGCAAGAUGGACCAAGGAACAGGCUUCUUUUAUAGAUGUAGCUGUAGUCCUCCCAGGCUGGUUUAGAAAAGUUCAAUUUCGCUUUUAAGAUUUGAUGGGGAGAGAUACACUAUUUUUCAUACAUGGCACUAAGCAUGACCACACAAAUGUGCUUCUGACUUUCCUCUUGUGAAGUGUUCAGCAACAAUAUCAAUGCACAACUGUUUGUUUCACCCACGUAAAGCUGUAGUACCUCAUCAUACUGAGGUGCCACCUGUUAUCAAUAGCCUUUGGCUUCGCAGCAUGUUUGAAUCUGAUUCACGGUAAAUGAGGUGGCUUGGCGCAGCUAAGCAGCAAGUCUCUUGCAAUGGAAAACAAUGUGCCUUAUUUAGUACAUCCAAGGCAAACUUUCCCCAAACAGUUCAGUAUUUUGUCUUUCUUGUGUGUGAGGUUGGAAGAAAUGAAAAUUCCCUCUUCUGUAAGUAUGUGAAAAUGGUGAGAUGGAGCAAUUAAAAUGGUCCUUUCUAGCGUAACAUAGACAAGAUAACAGAAAUUACUUUUUCUGUAUUGCCCAGUUUUGUGUUAUUCUUGCUUGGCACAAGAUUUAUGAGAAAUUCUCUCUACCUUUGGGGAUCCCAAAUGAAAUUUAAAAAAUCUUAUGCUUGCUUAAAUUUUUUUCUUCUUCCUCUCAGUGUAGUUGACCUUUCUGGCAGUAUUUCAUUUUGUGUUGGAUUACCAGAGUAAUUUUGCCCUUUAAUACAAGAUCCCAGGGCAUUACAGCCCUUUAACAAAGUUGAAGAAUGAAGAACCCUAGACUGUGAGUGGCAGGCAUUUUAUUUUUAAUUAGCAAGUAAAAAUCCAUUUGAGCUGUAUAUUAUCUGUUGAUUUCUGAUACCACUGACAGAAUGUAUCAGCUAGGAGGCAGAUAAUACUUUCUAAACCAAGUAGCAACGUGGUGGGUUUUUCUUGUCUUCUAAGGUAUUGCUGAGUGAACGUAUAAACAGCUCCAAAUGCCAAAAUUAUAUCAGGGGUUUUUUUAAAGGAUGGACAUCUCAAAAUGUAUACUUCAAACUGUAAGCUUGGUGGUUUUAAACCUUCCCUGACUACUGAAACUAUAAGUAAAUGUAACUUAGAUAAGAAGUUUUCAUACACAGAAAUGGGGUUUACAUAUAUAUAUGUUUGUCAGAAAAACAUUCCCACUUUGUACAUUUCAGAAAGACUCAAACUUUCAUCUGAGUUGUCCUCUAGCUAACCCUGCCUAAGAAACACUAAGUUUAAGAGCUAAGUUUAAAAAAAAAAAAAAAAAAAAAGUAGGUGUCUUUUUAACCAUAAGAGAAACCUUCAGUAUUAAGUAUAGCGUGGCUUUUCAUCAUUAUGUGUCUGGAUUUAUGAAGUGAUAGUGCGGUAACAUAAUGUAAGGGCCUAGUUACUGACAAACCAAAAUAAUUACAUCAUGAAUUUAGAGACUGUUUUUCCUAUUUAGAAUUUUGUAUGUCUAAGUCAAUAAGAGCCAAAUGUUUAGGGCUGGUGGAAUACCUUUGCCUUUAAUUUAGACCUGAAUUUAGGCUGCUUUUGAAAGAGCCUGUUUAUUUCAGUUUGGAGCGUGCAGAAAAGCUGGUAGUUGCUCAGUUGGAUCCUUUGGAGAGUAGGAGACAGAGUUGAUUUGUUCCUGGUUCUGUGUGUCUUGCAGGCAGUGACUCAUCUUCAGCCUUCCUUAACGUGUCUUUCCACAACAGCACACGGUGGCAGCCAGCGUGGAAAAACAUUAAAAGGGAGAAAGUAAUAUUAACCUGGCAACUUUACCAUAGUAGAAAGUAGUUUUGUUUCAUCUAAAUCUGUGAAAAGAUAGAUUAGUGGAAUUUAGUUGGCAGACUUCCUGGAGUUUGAAGUUGGCCUUGUUCCCUAUGGAAAAGUAAUAACUAAGAUGAGAUGAGGUUCCAAGAAAGAACUUCAAAUUCCCUCUUUUUUCCACAUCCACUGAAAUGCCAUAUCCUUAGCUUUUAGUGUAUUUUCACUUCUUUUUGGUUCAAUGAAUCUCAUUAUUCUAGACAAAAUGGAACAGAUCCAAUAAGGGAAUUUGAACAUCUGUUCCUCAGCAGUAUUUGCUAGCUUAGUAGAAACGUGUUCUGGACAUCCCUAUUUCCCAUAAAAAACACCUAUCUCCCAAAGACAUGGACGGACAGUAAAUUGAGGUCUCCUGCAUCCUUGUGUGUAUUCUAAAUAAAGAACUUUGAAGGACAGUCUUACUGCUGGAUCUUAAAAGAAGGGAUCUACUCCAGAAAGGCCAUGUUAGAUGGUGAUCUGCUGUGGCUGUGAAUCCUAAAUGGAGGAAGAGUGUAUGGGGAAUUGCUUUGCAGAUUUCAAGAACCAUAAGCUCUAAUCUUGAACUCUGUUUUUUAUAGGAACUGGAAAUGUCAGGACAAAGAGGAGUAGUGAUUCUUUGUGUGAACAAGAUAGAAAAGAAUAGGGCUGUAAUGUAGGGAAUGUUCUAUUUCUUUAAAUACAGCUAAACAUUUUUUGCUUGCUUUUAUUGUAAGCUUGAUUAAAAAUUAGACCUGAAAUGUAAUUUUUCUCUGUAGAUGAA